AUGGAGGAUACUAGACAAUUACCUGAUGGCAUCAUCGAACUCGCACCGCGGACAGGAACCUCUUUCUUCGUCAACAAAGGCCAACGCCUAACAGUAAUCGAUCCAAAGGGCGGUCAAGUCUCUGACCUCGUGGCAUUCAACCGACACGACACAGACGAAGUCAUCUCCAACGGACGCACAUUUGACUAUGCAGACACCAUAUACCUAACAACCAACCACCCACUCUACUCAAACCGCAGCAACAUCAUGCUCAAAAUCGUCGACGACACUUGCGGACGUCACGACUUUCUGCUUACGCCGUGUUCCAAAGAUACCUUUCGCAUCAUUUACGGCGACAAGGAGCCCCAUCACGGCUGUUUCGGCAACCUCUCCCUUGCGCUAGGCAAACAUGGUAUCGCGCCAGAUCGCAUUCCUUGCGCGUUCAACUGCUUCAUGAAUGUGCCUGUUGACGGGAAGACGGGCAAGUUCACGGUGGAGCCGCCUAUCAGUAAGGCCGGUGAUCACAUUGACUUUGUCGCGGAGAUGGACCUUAUUGUUGCGAUCACUGCCUGCUCGGCUGGCAAGUCUAAUGGCGGUAGCUUUAAACCUAUUCAAUACAAGAUAGUUUAA